AUGAGAGAAGAUUACCAAGGCAUGGACAACCGAUUUGGUGGUAGUGAUGGAGAGGAGGGGACAGAUCUGGUAAAUUUUGUGGAAGAAAUAAGAUUAGCCAAUGGCCUAGAUGUGAGAGUUUACACUUCACCGUUAGGAGCAAUUACUUUUUUACAGCAAGUGUUUGAAAAGGAGACGCCGACGGCAGUUGGAGGCAGGCCGCUGACUGCUGCACCGGGGGAGGGGGAGGAGGCACCCACGUGCUUGGCAGCCCCCCUCCCCCCACCGGUCCCCAGGAGGAGACUCCGAGGGGACCGAGGGGACCUCGCUCACCUGAGCAGCUGCUGGGGCUCCGGCCAAACCAACAUUUAUUUCGUCUGGAUUUCAAGAUUGGAGACAUGCAUUGUGUGGUUUUACAUCACACGAAAAAUCCGCCUGUCACAAGGAAGCGGUAAUGAAGUAUGCUUUUCUGCAAUCACAGAAAAAUUCCCAGAACCUCAAUCAACUGAAAAAAUCCAUCAUUUGAUACUUCCCAGUGAAGAAAUUGACCCAGAGUCUUUAUGGUAUGGGAAACUUCAGAACAUGAAUGAAGACUACAUCUAUUUCUUUAAUAAUAUAAAUCCACAUGCUAGAGGUUUACUUCUCAUAAGGAGGGUGACAUUUGAGACUGUUGCUCAAGUGCUAGAGAGUGCUGGAGUAUCCCAGCAGGACAUCCAGAUUGCUGCCAUAGUUGGUGACAAAAGAUUUGUUAAUUUGUGGAUGAAUUCAUCAAAUUCUGGAGAGCUAGGCGGGCUUAAGAAGAAGGGUGGGGACUCAAAGAGACAAAAGAUUCCCACCUUGUGCCAAAGCUAUAAAAGGGGGUGGAGCAGAACAAAAGGGGCUGCAAGUCAAGAGAAAACCCCUAUAGAAGAAGCAGAGGAAAUGCAGAUGGCUCAAUCACCUGAGGAGCAGUAA